GCUUACAAUGGCUCCCUGGAAGAGACCACGUAAAGUUGCAAUGUUAAUCAUGAACGCAGGUUUUGUGUGUUGUCUUGCACACUUACUGCAAGAGCAAAGAAAGGGAAGACUUGCUUCCUUGGAAGUUAAUUGUCGAUUUCUGAACCAAGAAGAUAACAUCCUUCAGAGACUGGGCCAUUUGGACUGGAACACUCAUAACCUCUCAAAAUCAGUGGAAGCAUUCCGUGAAAAUAUAAAACAAAUAGCACAUGAUCUGAAGCUUCAAGAUAACUCCAAGACUGAAGUACGCAAAGCUGAUAAUGCAAAGGAGGAAAAGAUUGUACACCAUUUGCUGUACCCAGACUCAGUUUUGUUCAAACGCUGGGGUGCAGAUUUAAGGGAAGAGGAGCAAACUGUUGCACAGAAUCUGUUCUUAAGUUAUGGGUAUAAUGUUCAUCUCGGGGAUCAUCUACCUCUGGAUCGACCUAUCAAAGACACCAGAUCUCCCAGCUGUAAAACGAAAACAUAUCCGAAAGACCUUCCAACAUUCAGUAUUGUACUUCUAUUUAUGAAUGAAGCAUUGUCAAUCAUCUUAUGUGCAAUUACUAGUAUAAUUAACUGAACACCUUCUCAUUUAUUGAAAGAAAUCAUCCUGUUAGAUGAUUGCAGUUCAAAUGAUUAUCUGAAAGGACCUUUGGAAACACAUAUCACAAAUUACAGAAAGCAUCCUGGACUGCUGAAGAUCAUCAGACAUUAGAAAAGACAAGACCUAACACAAGCCCGGAUUUCUGGCUGGGAGGCAUCAACUGCAGAUGUUAUGGCAAUUUUGGAUGCCCAUAUUGAAGUGAACAUGGCAUGAGCUGCACCUAUUCUGUCUCGACUAAAAGAAGAUCCGGUAUUUGACAAUAUUAAUUUUCAUGACACUGAGCUUCUUCAGUAUUCAGUGGCUGCAGAUGGAUUUGACUGGGCACUCUGGUGCCUUUAUGAACGUUUACCAGCUGAGUGGUAUGCUCUGAAAGAUGAAACAGCUCCAGUCUGGAAGCUGUCUAUAAUGGGGAUUCUUGCUGCAGAUAGGAAAUCUGGUGAGAUUGGUGUACUGGACGGUGGAAUGCUCAUAUAUGGAGGAGAAAAUGUGGAACUUGGCCUAAGGGCCUGGCAGUGUGAAGGUAAAGUGGAAACUCUGCCCUGUUCAAGAAUCUCUUAUUUAGAAAGAGCUCACAAGCCUUACUUGCUGGACUCGAGCAUUGCGGCGAAACGCAACCCCUUGCGGGUAGCCGAAGUGCGGAUGGAUGACUACAAGUACAUCCUCUACUUUGCAUGGAAUCUUCCAAUUGAGAAUCCUGGAAUAGACUUUGGAAAUGUUUCUUCCAGAAAAGAGCUAAAGAAAAAACUGAACUGUAAAGGCUUUGGCUGGUACAUAAAAAAUAUUUACCCUAAUUUAAUAUUUCUUCCCAACAUUGUUGGCUAUGGAGCAAUGAAAAACACAUUGAAAGAAGACAUCUGUAUUGAUCAAGGCCCUCUCCCUGGAAACACGCCAAUUAUUUAUCCCAAUCAUGCACGCUCGCCACAGCACGUCUUUUAUCACAGCGCUGGAGAAAUGUAUGUAGGAGGUUUAUGUGCCCGUUGGAAUACAGCUGAUAGAUACCUAACAGACCCUGGGAGUGGGGACCUGCCAGUUUUAGAGCAAUGUGAGACAGCUGCGAAUAAAGGCCUGAACUUGCACUGGGAUUUUAAGCAGGCAUCAGCCAUAAUCAACAGAACUAAAAGAUGCCUCGAAAUCACAGCAAACAAUUCGGUUUCAUAGAGACUUGUAAUGCAGACCUGCACAGGACGAAAGUGGAAUAUCCAACACACAGUUAAGGACUGGGGAAAGACAAAAGACCUUGAACAGAAGACACAGCACUCAAAGCAUUGACUAGAGGAGCUUUUUCCUUGAAAAUUGCUCUGAAAGCAAUGAUUUAAAGAGUUUGUUUACACAGGAUUUUACAGUGUAGUAGCUAUUGCAGGAGCUAUGAGCUACUUGUGCAAAGGUGCAAGUUCAUCUCCUCGCAUUCUUGGGGCAUCACCCCCCUGAGUUUCCUCAAUUAGGAGAGGGAUUGUCUUUGCUCUCUUCUAUUAUCACCGGAGAGAAGCAGUUAUGUCUACGAGUGUUUCAACCCACCUGAGUUCCUUAUGUUGUCCUUUGGAAGUGCCUGUCUCUGCUCAUUAAUGAAAGACUGGUUCAAGGUCUCUAACUUUCUAACUUUGGCAUUUCAGUUAGAUAUGAAAAUUCAGAAGAGAUGGAAGUGAGUCUGACUUCCUCUUGUACAUGGAGUUUCUCUCAGGCUGAAUUGGACCAUUUUUCUUGUCUUGUGUCAUGUAGAUAAUGCAAAACUUCUUGUCAAGAUGUGUUUGUGCUGGUGGGUGAAAUGAAGUACAUCAUUGUUCUUCUGUCCCUAUAAUUUGCCUGGACAUGAUUCAGUUUCUCAGUAAAGUUUAUUAGAUUCAGCAGUAUGCCGCACUAAGGCUGUAUUAUGUUUACCUAUGUGAAGUUGGUUUGUGCCAACCAGCUGGCAGCAUGGAUAAAAUCCACUCAAGCCUUUGGAAACAAGGGGAUUCAACUCAAUAGUUUCCACAAACCAAUAUAAGGCCAAUGCAGUAGUGUAUGUCUGUCAAAGAAACUAAGUAAAAUACAGCAUGAGUUGCUACUGGGAGGCAACUUCCAGGUAGACAGGAUACAAGUUCUUGUAGAAAUAGGUUUAGGUGGAACUGGCUGUCCUACUUCUUGGAGUAACUGCUUCUAGGACCUAUGCUUAUUUGUUAAAGGGAACUGCUGUAAAAUAAAUUCAUUGAAACUAUAUGGAGUUUCAGCCAGAAGUUAUUUUGUUAUCAAAAGGGUGCUAAGCAUUUUAUCUGAAUAGAAAGUGUAUUCAGGGUACGUUUGAAUCUUUGUUUGAAUAUAAUCCAAUAUGAUUUGUUUUUUCGUUUCUAUUCUCUGUAAACUUGAUGUGAACAACCCAGCCCUGAUAUUUAGGAUUGGAAUUGGACAAGCUCUUCUUAAAAGAUGGUCUUUCGUCCUUAGUGUCUGUAUUUUUCUGUUCUUGAAAACAAUUCUUAAAAAUGUCAUGUUUUAACCAGAUUGGAUUUAAAUUUCUAAAAUCAGCUUUUAUUCCCAUGUCCUGGAUCAAAGCCAAAAACACCGAAGAAAGAGGAAUACAUGCUCUGGUUGUUUUCUGCAUCUUCAGCAGUGUGUCUUACCAAAGUCAAAGGACUGGCAUUUUGGCAAGCACAAUGAAGACAUUGGGAAUUUUGCCAGUACAACUGAAAUGAAAAUCUGGCCUACUGGUGACAAAGAAUAAAAAGUAUUUACGUAAUCAUUUUUCCAUCUUCAUAUGCCACUUCAAUAGAAUGUAAUGGACAUUUGAACAAUUUUAUUUUGAACUUAGGUGUUGGAAAACAUCAAAAUGUUCCAGAACGUCUAGAUUUUCUGGUUCUAAACGUAUGACCUCUAGUUAUACACAGGGGUCAACACUGAAACAAAAUGUUUCAAAUAUUUUGAUUUAUUUCAAGUAUGAGUUUUUUUAAUUUCCUGAAACCCCUCAAAAGUGACUUUUUGGUUAAUUUUGUAAUAAGGAAAGAGAGUAGCCAUAAGAGAAGAACUCAGUUUUCAGACUAGCGCUUUCUGGUGAUGCUUGAUGAGACAUAAAUAACAACUCAAUGUUUAUGGUGCUACAGUAGUAAUACAUUGCUCUCACUAGUAAUACUCUUGAACUUGGAAAUUCACUGCCUGAUGAAGCAACUGAUGUGUGAUUCCUCAGCAAGCCAGCAGCAGAGGUAGGACUCUACUUGCGUGGUGUAUCACAAGAAGGCAGCUAUGAUUGUGGCACAGCAUAAAGUUGGAUCUCUUCUGAAAACCAGUCAUUAGCCAAACUUUCAGAAAUGCAGAAAAUCAGCUCAGCUCCUGCAAAGUAAUGUGAGCAUACUGCAGUACCAUACGCUGAAGACGGAUAGUAAAUAAUAAGAUAAUAGGCAGGAGUUUUAAUGGGUGUGUGCCUGCAAAGGAAUGGGACAGCUUAAUUCAGAGCAAAUAUAAACAAAAGGACCGAGGUACAUACUACUGUGCAGGUAAGAUCUUGUGGCCUCUGCAGAACAGUAAAGCUUUCCUUCUUGGUUUUGUGCUCAAGCAAGCUUGGCUUUACUGCCUGUGCAACAGGAAUCCACCUUGGGAGGAAGAAUUAGAAGAGGGAAAAAAGGUUUUUUAUUUUCUUUAGUGUCUAGUAGAAUGGGGAGAAGAGUCAGUCUAGAGACAGGAGCUAUUUAAGGGACUAUUAAUUGUCAGUCUCUUUAAGGGGAAACUAAAUCAGAGGACAGAAUCAUUUAAUCUGUCACAGGGAGAUUUGUUUAGUUCUGACCAAACCAUGUGUGGUGGAACUGUGAUAAUCAAUAAUAAGAUAAUAAAAACCCCCACUGCUUUCAUUCACAUUUUUUUGCCUGACUUUUCCAAAGUCAGGAGGUAAAUUUAGACUUAACUCCUUUUCCUCCCUCUCUG